UCCCAAGUCCGUUCGCUGCCCUUGUUGCCCCUGCAAAAUUUCUGUGCCUUCCCCUUCUCUACCCUUCUCCUUUCAGGUUGAGUUUGAGCUUCUGGUGGCUUCUGGGCAGUGGGCACGCUUUAAUUCAGUAUACUCGAAAAUACAAAGUGGGCAGAAAUCUUCCAACUUUAAGUUCAUCAUUUGAUUGAGUUGGUGGGGGUUGGUUCUGUUAAAACUUUGGCCUUGUAAUGGCAAACCAUAAUUUGAUUCUCGGGCAAAAUGGGGAGUUGCCAUUGAGGCAGAAUUCACAUCCGGGACUGGGGCAUGAUCACAAUUUGGUUCUAGGUCAAAGUCAUGACUUUGCAUUGGGGCAUGCCCAUGAUCAGGAUUUGGAAUUAGGGCAUGGUACUCAUGACGAUAAGCAGGUUUUUAGACAUGCCCAUGAUCAUGGAUUAACUUUUGAUCAGACAAAUGAACAUGAGAUCGCACUUCAGCAUAGUCGUAUUCAAAAUCUUGAAGAAGAAGGUUUGGAGUUGGAUCCAGAUAUUGGUCUUGAAACUGAUCAAGAGAAUAUUGAUGUUGAUGACCAUGAUAACGAACUUGCUCUUACUGUGACUCACGGGUUGGGUUUAUCAGAGAAUCAUGAAUUGUCUGUUGUGGAGGAACAUGAUCUUCACGGAAAUUUAGAUUUAGCGAUAGAUGAAAAUCAGGAUAUGGGUAUUGUGCCUGACUCAGACUUGACUUUGCAGCAUUCCCAGCUUUUAGAUAGUCCUCCUGUCCUCCAGUGUCGAUCCCUAGCUAUAGCUUCUAAUCACCAGCUGACUGUUGGGCAAGAGUUUCCUGAUGUCCAGAGCUGUCGAAGGGCACUGAGAGAUGCUGCCAUUGCGCUUCGCUUUGAGAUGCAGACAGUUAAGUCUGACAAGACUCGUUUCACUGCCAAAUGUGCAACUGAAGGAUGCUCUUGGCGGAUUCAUGCUGCAAAGCUGCCUGGUGUUCCUACUUUCACUAUAAGGACCAUCCAUGAGGAACACACCUGUGGUGGAAUCACCCAUCUUGGUCAUCAACAAGCCUCAGUCCAGUGGGUUGCAGAUUCUGUGGAACAACGCUUGAGGGAAAAUCCUAAUUACAAACCAAAAGAGAUACUAGAAGAGAUUCACCGAGUUCAUGGGAUUGCACUAUCAUAUAAGCAGGCAUGGAGGGGAAAGGAACGGCUCAUGGCAGCUGUUCGUGGAUCUUUUGAGGAAGAUUAUAGACUCCUUCCUCAAUAUUGUGACCAGAUCAGAAGGACCAAUCCUGGAAGUAUUGCACAGGUUUAUGGUAAUCCUGAUGAUAACUGCUUCCAACGCCUAUUUGUUUCAUUACAUGCAUCAAUAUAUGGGUUUCUGAAUGCAUGCCGGCCUCUUCUUGGACUUGAUAGAACUCAUCUGAAAAGCAAGUAUCUUGGGACUUUGCUUUUUGCUACUGGAUUUGAUGGAGAUGGAGCUCUAUUCCCAUUAGCAUUUGGGGUGGUUGAUGAAGAGAAUGAUGAAAAUUGGAUGUGGUUUCUCUCCGAGCUGCGUGUCCUGCUUGAAAAUUAUGCGGAGUACAUGCCAAGGCUUACAAUUCUGUCUGAUAGACAAAAGGGCAUUGUCGAUGGAGUGGAAGUUAACUUCCCAACUGCAUUUCAUGGAUUUUGUAUGCGCCAUCUAAGUGACAGUUUACGCAAGGAAUUUAACAAUACUUUGCUUGUUAACCUUCUCUGGGAAGCUGCUUAUGCUCUUACUAGCAUUGGGUUUGAACAAAAAAUUCUUGAGAUUAAAGCUGUAUCACAGGAAGCAGCCCAUUGGAUUGAACAAAUUUCACCUCGCUUGUGGGCGACAGCAUAUUUUGAGGGAACAAGGUUUGGGCAAUUGACGGCUAAUAUGGUUGAAUCUAUAAAUUCUUGGAUAAUCGAAGCAUCUGGGCUUCCAAUUAUUCAAAUGAUGGAGUGUAUCAGACGGCAUCUGAUGACUUGGUUCAAUGAGCGCCGUGAAAUGAGCAUGCAGUGGACAGGCAUACUUGUUCCUUCUGCUGAAAAGUGUGUGUUAGACGCACUUGCACUUGCUCGUACUUAUAAUGUGGUCCGUUCAAAUGAAGCUGAAUUUAAAGUUAGAUCCCAUGAAGGAUCACAUACAGUUGAUAUUCGUAACCGUUGUUGUGAAUGCCGUGGAUGGCAGUUAUGCGGGCUGCCAUGUUCUCAUGCUGCGGCAGCUCUGGAGUCUUGUAGGCAACAUGUUUAUCGGUUCACUGAAAGUUGCUUCACAGUGGCAAAUUAUCGAAAAGCCUACUCAGAGACGAUUCAUCCAAUUCCCGAUAGAACUCUGUGGAAGGAGAUGGUUGGAUACCAGAAUGAUGGUAAUACAGAUAUGUGGGUUAUUAUAAACCCGCCAAAGUCGCUUCGACCACCUGGACGACCAAGGAAAAGGCGAAUCCGCACAGAAGAUGGUAGUCGUACAAAACGAGUUGUCCAUUGCAGCCGCUGUAAUCAGACCGGACAUUUCCGAACAACUUGUGCAGCGCCCAUUUAGUUACGGGUACCAAAGUUGAUACUGUGCAAAGAGGAUAUAGACGUUUCUCUUCUUUCUAUAUUUUUUCUUCUUCUGGAUUUGUAUUAUUUUUUCGUGUUCAUAGGCUUUCCUUAGACAAAACGAUCUUCUGUAGGUUUUUUUUAUUUUCGGAUGAUAAUCAAUGUCCAGUUCGUUGUUUCAUGUCUUAAGGAUGAGGCUUUAGUUCUUCUUC